CUUGGAUUGUUAUUGAGCUUAAGAAACUCUCUGGAAUGCCUCAAACACUAGAUGUGCUGUACAAUCACCCGCUGGUACAGAUGGAGCUAUAAAUACAGCUGUGGGUGUUUAGGAGGUUUACUAUAACAGGCAGUCAGCUGGUCGGAUGUCAGCUCCCAAACGUCGGUGCAGCUGCUGAGGCUCCUGCAGAACUCUUGUGUUUUUGUGGACUUGCCUGAGCUGAAGCUGGGAGGUGAGAGAAGUGAGAGUUACAUAUUUAAUUUGAGUGACCUGGAUGAUUCACUCUGCCGCCGCAGCUGUUUUGGGCACUAGAGAACUGCCGGUUGAUGGAGUUUGUGAGGCAGAGUGGUGACUAUUGCCACGCUCAACACCUUUAGACCGUGUUGGGAUGACACAGCGGCAUGCAGUCCUGGGGCCAUGAACCUUGAAAGAUCACGGCCCUUUGCCUUAUGAACCCAUCAGCUCAUGGGGUCACAAGUGGAGCCUCAACACCCAAAGCUAGCUGGAGUGAAAAGGAGAGAGAAAAAGUCACCGAGGACAACAAAGAAAGACAGGAUUAGUGACAAUAGCAGAGGGGAUCACUAAACUGACAGCGAGUAGCCACAUGGACUAUAGAAAACUGUCAUCAGAUAGGAGAGCAGCCCAGAGCCUCAGAGCUGGGGACACACAGUAAAUAGUUUCUACGAGGAAGAAGUCUUGAUUCAUCUGAAGAUCUGAUCUUCAGCCAGACUGCUACAGCUGGAGCUAAAGGCCAUAGGUCUUCCUGCAGUGCUAAAGGUUAAACCAGCCAACAUGAACCGUCCGGCUCCGGUGGAACUGUGCCACAAGAACAUGAGAUUCCUCAUCACACACAACCCCACUGACAGCACACUCAACUCCUUCAUAGAGGACUUAAAGCGGUACGGCGUCACAACAGUGGUGAGAGUUUGUGACAGCACCUACGACAAAGCGCCUCUUGAGGAAGAUGGCAUCACGGUCUUGGACUGGCCCUUUGAUGACGGAGCGCCACCUCCCAGUAAGCUGGUUGACGAUUGGUUGAAUUUGCUGAAGAAGAAGUUUUUGGAGGAUCCUGGAAGCUGUGUGGCUGUUCACUGUGUUGCUGGAUUAGGAAGGGCUCCUGUGCUGGUCGCUUUGGCUCUGAUAGAAAGCGGGAUGAAGUAUGAAGAUGCUAUUCAGCUCAUCCGACAGAAAAGACGUGGAGCCUUCAACAGUAAACAGCUCACCUACUUGGAGAAAUAUCGCUCAAAGCAGAGACUCCGAUUCAAAGACUCUCACACAUUCAAGAACAAGUGCUGCACCAUGUGAAAACACACCCAUUCAGACGGGUUUCACCCCAAAAAAGUCUCAGGAAUCCCAUCGCACAAACCGGCUGAAACACAAAGACGCCAUCUCCUCACCUGCCAACCCGUUGUUACUGAAAACUAAUCUGAGCUCAUUUCUCUUUUUCUCUUGGGGGCUGUUUUUGUCUGUUAAUGGUUGUUUUUUGCAUAAUAAAUGCAUGAAGAAAGGCAGAGAAAAGGGUGGAAAUGGUCUGAGAAUGAGAUGUAAAAUCAGAUGUUGCUGCUUACAGGCAGCUCUAACAGAGCAUUAAAAUAAUAACAAUAAUACAUUAAAACUUCACUCACUCACUCACUCACUCACUCACUCACUCCCUCUCUCAAACCGUGUUGCAGGUCUGCUUUCAGAUAAUUUAUUGCCAUCAAUUCUCUUUCACAGCUCAAAACUAAAAUGACCUUAAAACGAAAAGUGAAAAUGCCUUCUUCAGAUUGGUGUUAAAUUAACACCAGAGAGUGUAUAUUUGUGUCGACUCCAUUGAGUUUAAACUGUCAAGUUGUGAAGUAGACGGUUUGCACAACAAAUGUACCUGGGGCGGUACAUCAGUGUGGAACAAAAUCAACUCCAGCAGGUGAAAUACCAACAAUCAUUCGGUCGAAACCAACAACACGGGGGUAAAGUUUAACAUAUUGGCAUAAAAAGAUAAACUGUUGAAUCAGUUUUGAACUGAGACUAAUUUUACUCUGAGGUAUGUGAAGCAUUAUAAAGCUUAUUCAAAAAUAUCUUGGUGAAGCUGAUUUCACUUCUGUUUUUUUCUGAAUGAUGCAUGUGCACAUUUCCUUCUGACACAAUUUAUUUUGCUGAAAAUAGGGCAUGCACUUUUAAUGUUUAAGUAGUUUGCACAUCAAAAUCCUCUCUGAAUGUUUUCUUCAGUUUAUCAUAAACAAAAGUUUGAAAACAAACCUGUGACAUAAAUGUAAAAAUGGAGUAAGGAUUGAAGAGGAUUAGUGUGAGUUUCCGUGUGUUUGUUCCUUUGUGUGUAGCCGAUAGUGCUCAGAUACUGUUGAUAAAUGGUCUGAGCUGAAAUGUUUAUGUAAAGAAAAAGAAAAAAAAGCUGUUUAUGUAAGUAAAAUAAUGUACAUUUCCAAUUGUUUAAUAAAAGUUUUAUCAACA